GCCAAUUCGACUCUCGCCAGCCAACCGAUCCCAACUUCGAGUCCCACAACAGCAAGUUGGACUGUCGGAGUGUUUCAUGUCAAGCUGCACUUGAUGACGGUCCAGGCCGUGGCAUCAGCUAAAUAAAGAGAUGACGGAUGGGCGCUUUCAUCGCUUGGCUUUCUUAAACACGGUCUUUCUCUUGUCUAACCCUCAUUCGCUCUGCAUCUUCCAUAUUCUUGAUUGUCCUUCUUUACUAUUCCCUCACUUUCACUCUCUUUCGUUGUUUCUAGAUACUAAUUCGAGUCAAAGAUGAAUUUCUGUCGCUUCUGAACUUGCCAAUCAGUGUUAGUGCAGCGUGGUCAGCUAUUUAUCUUUGCAUCCUCUCUUUGACUGCUCGUUUAUUUGUCCUUUUACAUCUCCUUGACAUACAUACAUAAACCUGAUACGACUUCGACUGCAUAAUUCCAGCAGCUGAUGAGAUAAUGUCGCUCAUACCAGUUAUCCUCGUGACCUUCUUCCUGGUCUUUUGCUGCGCGGCUGGUCCGAUUGCUCCUUUUGCUUCCAAAAGAGACCUGGAGUCGCUCUCCCCAUCUCCUUCGCUUACUACACCUUAUGUGCGCGUUGCCAGUACUUCGGUCGAUGACGAUGACGACGAUGAGAUCAACGCUUUGACUGUAGUCCCGGUCACACCCUCUGGUCUGCCUCAGACUGCAUCCAGCUCUAGCACCACCGUUGAGCCGGUGCCAUCCAGCUCAGCUGCGUUCGUUCAAGUAUCUCCGACUACCUCUACUCAUGUCGACUCAACUACCUCUCUACUCGAGUCUUCCUCUGCAGCUACGCACUCGUUAUCUACAAGUGUCUCGUCAGACAGCACCGUGACUACCUUGUCGCUGACUUCAACGACUACAACUACAACUACUACCACAACUACACCUUCAUCUUCAGCACCUUACUCGCCUCCCUCGAGUGCAGAUUCAAGCUCUCAUACGACAAGUCCUUCGUCGCAGGUGGUGCAUACCACAACACCAUCUAGCACGCUUUCGGAGAGCUCCCAUGUUGUAACUCCCUCGAAUGUCAUGCCGGGAGGUCCAAUGGAAGCCUCGUCAUCUCACGCACCUGUGCCAGCAACCUCUUCUCACAUCACGCACGAGACGUCAUCCUCCUCUGCUGUCAGAGUAUCACACUCAUCCAGCCCAGCAGCUCAGACAUCUCCGUCACACCAGGGGAUGAUCACAUCAUCUAGUAAACUACUACAUUCCUCCACUAUUGCACCCGCAUCAUCAUCAAGCGCUGCUCCCGAGAGCACUACAUCAUCAUCCCACACCUCCGAGACAUCAACGUCCACCAGCUUCACAAUUGGAGUCAUCACACCUCUCCCAGAAGCCAGUACUAGCUCUUCCUCAACGCCUGAAAUGUCACCCUCCACCACACACUCCAGCGAGAGCACAACAACUACAGCCGAGGACACCUCACCCACACCCACUGAAAGCCAGACAACAACCACAGCAACCCCCCGCACAGCCAAACCCUUCAUCGGGGUGACCAUACCCACGACAAGCACAACCACAACCAAGACCACCCAGCCAGCAGACCCAACAACAACCACCCCCACACCAGAAACAGAAGACGCGACCACAACCUCAGCCCCAACCCCAGUCGUCGUGCUAGUCACACCCGAAGGAUCAACGACUGUCAUCGGAACCUCCUCCUUCAUACCCUCAAACCCAGAUAUCACAUCCACAUCCACAUCCACAUCAUCCCCCACAACAACCACCCUCCACUCCACCUCAACAACCAUGCAAACCAUCUACGUAGUAAUCACAGAUACACCCACCCCGGAACAACAAACCUAUGAUUCCACCAUCAUUGCUACUGCCAUCGUUACUGUCGUCGAUAAACCAACCCCAACCUCGGAAACUGUCCCUACCUCGACAACCACAACAACAUCUGAAGAAGAGAAAGUGUCGACGACGACUCCGACUCCGACUCCGACUCCGUUAGACGCAGAACAAACUUCAACGAAAUCUAGCGAAGAAGAUGUGUCCACGUCCACGGCUACGGUAACUUCGUCCCUGUCUAGUGAGUCAGGUGAUGUUCUUAGGAUUGUGCCUGUGACGCCUACGGGUCCUGUUACGGUGACUGUUACGGUGACGGAGAGGGAGAGGGAGACUGUGACUGUGACAGAGAAGGAUAAGGAGAUGGUGACGAAGACGGAGACUGUUACGGAGAGGGUUACGGAGACGGAGAGUGUGAGUACUUGAUUUGGUUGUUAUGUUAUGUGAUAUGUUUUAAUUAGGAGUGUUGAUAGAUAUAAGUAAUAAUGAAGACAUAUAAUUCCAGGUUUGAGUUGAUUGGUUAGUUUAUGCUUUCGAUUUGGUAGUACUUAGUAGUACUAUUUAUCAGUUACUUCGAUAAAUAUUGGUAUUUGUCAUCCCUCUCAUUCAAGAUACUUCCAACAUAUUAAAUCAUAUCAUCCAUCCACCCAUGAAAUAACCCAGAUACAGGUAUCCUCACAAAAGAUAACAUAGCCAAACAGUCAAUGAAACACUCUAUAAUAAUACAAACAAAUAUAUAGACACCAAGGCCGUUCAAUCAUACUCCCGCCCCA